AUGUACGAGGACUCCUGGUACAGCUUCGUGCCCGAGUUUCAGCACCGAACGGCGCCCUCUGCUUCCCAAACCACCGGCCACCGACGAAAGGAAUCGCUCCUGCAGCAGCCAAAUGGCGCCAUCGAACAUGCCGACAAUGCGAACUCGUUACCAGCGCUUUUUGAAGACCAGGACCGCGACAAGUCACCGCCCGAACCGACGCUGUCGCGGAGGGCCAAGUCGUACUCCGAUUUCUACGACAUUGUGAGGGCACACCUCGCCGGCCAUAGCCCCAAAAAGAGGCGGAAGAGAAGGCGGAAUGACCGAAGCUGGGAGGCGCUAGCGGUCCCCGAAUCGGUGGCUGCGCGUUUGCCUGGCGAAGAGGAGAGCCAUGGCGACGCCUUGGAACAAGAGCUGCUGCGGGCAAGCCAGCAGGAAUACUUGCUCUACGAGGACGAACUUGCCAUGACCGAGCGCCAUCUCCAGUCUCUCAUCGCCGACGCCGACAGCGCUCUCAAGGUGCUCGAAUCGCUUGGCCAAUCCUUCCGGGCCGUCGAUGAGCAGACCAGCUCCUUCCAGGCGCAAUGCGAUGGUUUGUUGACCAAGCAGAGGCGCCUUGAAGCUCUCGCCGACUCCAUGAGUAAUGAUCUCUCGUAUUACGCCUAUCUCGAACCCAUCACCAGGCGACUCAACGCUCCUGGUGCAGGCCGCCUGGUCGACGGGAGUGAAUUCACAAAGAUUCUGUCAACUUUAGACUCUUGUACAGACUUCAUGGCCACUAAUCCCUCGUACCGGGAUGCCGAGACUUACCUUGCACGCUAUCAGGCGCUUUUAACCAAAGCAUUGCACUUACUCGAAGUGGGCUUCACCAACCACCUCAACAAGGUGUCGGCCGAGAUUUCUCGCCAGAUUGCUGCAACACAGUCCGAGUCGGCGCGCCACGCCCUUGCCUAUGGCCGCUUCGAGGAGAUAGUGCUCGAGUCGUACUUUUUGGUUCCGAACCUCCAAACUGUGGUGCGGAACGCCUACGACCAAGACGGCCAGCCGUCAUCGGAUCCGAAGGCCGAAAUAUACGCCAACACAGCGAGCAACCUGUUCCACUCCUACUGGGCGGCCAGGGAGCGCGAUCUAAAGCCCAUCAUCCAGCACGAUCUGGAUACCUUCAAGACGGAAGCCAAAGAAUCAAUCGAGACAGCCGCAAGAAACUAUGUGAAGCAAUGCUUCGAGAGCUCUCACAACGAAGCCUCCCUCUUCCGGAAGAUCUUUUCCAUUGAGGCUCAGUACUCGACAGAUCCCAGGUCUGCCUAUGCAGUUCUCAAAUCGCACCAGCGCUCAGUGCUGACGGGCACAAAUGUAACGCCAAUCGCCUCCAAUCUCCAGGCGGUCCUACAGUCCAGUGAUUUGCAGACCAUCUGCAAUUUCGUCGGAUGGAUAACCAAUGAGUACCUGCUCCUUGAUUACGACGAAGAAGAGACACCAUUCACGAGCCGCUGCCGAGAGCUGACGGCCCGGCUCCUCUCGGAGCACCUCUGGACUUUCACAGAUGGCUUCUUUGACGUUGAGAUCAGCAAGCGGAUAACAAAAGCUGCCGUUCCGCCCGAAGCGCUGAAGAUUGGGCCGGUGAGCAACGGCGACAUCGCCUCCAACGCCUUCCCUCCCAUAAAGCGCGCGCUGGAGCUCCUUGUCAUGUUUGAUCAGUCGAUGCCCAAGGAGCGAUGUCAACGCAACAGCCCGGUCGUCUUCAAGAUAGUCAAGGAAUCCAUCGCUUCUCUCCACCGCGCCGAGGCGCGCAUCAAGUCCACCAAGAACGGCACUGAUCCGGACCUGUUCAUGGUCAAGAACCUGCUGACGCUCAAAAACGAACUCAUGACGCUUGAGAUUGGCGACAUGCGCAGCAACCACACCCCCGCCGCCUCCCUUGGAGCUGCUGGCCUGCAGCACUUUGCCCAGAUCUGGGAUACCCUCCGGCUGCCCCAGAACCUCCUCGGCGGUUUCCUCAGUUCCGCCUUUGGCAGCUUGAGCACCUACAUCCCGACCCGGAUCCCGGGUUCGUCUCUCUGGUCACGGAGCGGCGCCAGCACGCCUGUUGUACCGGGAAUCACACCCGGUGGCGGUGGGGAGAUGAUGCACGAUGCGAGCGAGCAACUAGACGAGGCGUUACGGCAGAGCAUCUAUGGCUUCACGAGGCGCUGGGCCGGGGUGCUGAACGAGGCGAGAGGAGGGGCAGGGGCGGGGGCAGGUGGUGCUACGAAGCUGGGCGGGAAGAACCUGGCCAAGGUGGAGCGGGAGCUGGAUGAGAUGCUGGAAAGAGCGUUUGGCGGACAGCCUGAGGUGGUGGGCAAGCUGAAGGAGGCGAUCCAGAUUGAGGCGCAGGCGCAGGUGCAAGCAGCUAUGGGCCAGGGGCAGGGGCAGAAGAGGAGUGUUGUUACGAGGGUGUAGGGACUUGGGACUUCAAUGUGAGGGCAUUCGAGCCAUAUGUGGAUUGAUAGUGCUCGAUGCCAGCACCACCCAAGGCGAUCCUCACAGCGAUCCUCACUUGUCUCUGAAUGUAUAGCCCCUUUUGCCUCUCCUUUUCUGCGAACUACAACUCUGUUAGCCCUUCCGAGGAGCCCGUAAAGUAGGCAAAGCUUCGGCUCAGAGCCUUGUAAACAGAGCACCUAAAGCCGCGCGAUCCGGGUUACCACCAAAGGCAUCCCAAACGACGGGAGACCGGCCAAGGAAUGUCGAGGUGCAGAUUGGGGUAACGUUAGGAUUCUGGACCCUGGCGACAUGAUUCGAAUCAACCCCGCGAACUGCGGCUUUACGUAGUACAGGGCGAAGCAGGACUAGAUGUAUGUACACAUCCAGUCAGUGUCGUGCGAAGGAGGCACUUUGACAUGCCAUUUCGAGAUUGACUACGUCCAAAGGAGUAACC